CAACCCUGACAGUUCGCCGUUUUACUUUCAAGCCAAACAAGGACAAAAAAACAACUGUCAAUUCCCGCAAAUGGUAAACCAUAAAGGGAAGACAAAGAUAGCGCUACGCUUUGUAACCGGCGGCUGCGGCAGGGCAAUGUUUUUUUUUCUCAGCGUUCGCGCGCCUUGUUCCGCACAGAAGAAAAAUAAGGCGUCGAACGUGCAGAUUUCUCUGGAAGUGCUGUUUUAGCAGUGAGCCGCAAAAGUUGCAUUUUUCACCGGGAAAACCUAAACGGAUCCACCAUGAACGUUGAGGAGGAAGUGCUCAAGAUCCAGAAGAAGCUCGGCAAGAUGACGUCGUCCGAAGGCACGGGACAAGAACAAGCUCUGGAUCUCUUGCGGGAACUACAGCGCCUGAACAUCGAUCUCGACAUCCUUACGAAAACGCGUAUCGGUAUGACGGUGAAUGAACUGCGUAAAUGCAGCAAAGACGAUGAGGUCAUCAGUUUGGCCAAAGCCCUUAUCAAGAGCUGGAAACGAUUCCUGGCAGCGACCCCACCGUCGAAAGAAUCCUCUAAGGAAUCUUCGAAACCGUCAUCCAAAUCGUCCAGUAAAAGUAGCAGCAAAUCGGAAAGCAGCGCCAAGAAGGAACCUGAGAAGGAAAAGGAAUCCAAAAAACCUACCCAAAGCAGUUAUCCGUCUCAUUCAAGUAACACCACAGAUGCCGUUCGCCUCAAGUGCCGGGAAAUGCUUGCAGGUGCCAUUCGAGUGGACGGAGAGCCACCAGAGGGCUGUCAGACGCCGGAAGAAUUGGCUGAUGAGUUGGAAGAAGCAAUUUAUUCCGAAUUCCGCAACACCGAUAUGAAAUACAAAAACCGCAUACGCUCACGUGUAUCGAACUUGAAAGAUCCUAAGAACCCCAGCUUGAGGGCAAAUUUUAUGAGCGGAGCACUAACAGCCCAACGUCUUGCCAAAAUGAGCCCCGAAGAAAUGGCUAGUGAUGAAAUGAAAGGACUUCGCGAUAAGUUCGUCAAAGAAGCUAUCAACGAUGCUCAGCUGGCCACAAAUCAAGGAACAAAAACCGAUCUUCUCAAAUGCGGCAAAUGCAAGAAACGCAACUGUACUUACAACCAACUGCAGACGAGAAGCUCCGAUGAACCUAUGACUACUUUCGUUCUAUGCAACGAAUGUGGCCAUCGCUGGAAGUUCUGUUAAAAUUUGAAUCGGAAGCCAUUUUCCUGUUCAUUUUUUCUUAAGUUAAAAUCCUUUUAACCUAGCAUUCUAAUAUUAGAACCAACGAAACAAGAGGGUUGAUCAAACUCUAUAAAUAUUUACGUUUGAAUAUUAAUUAAAUUAUAAACGCGAUUGUUUUAAAUCAUAGGUGUGCUUAGAAAAGUUAGAAUACAAUCAAAUCACAUGCUCUGAUUUACAAAUUUGCACUGUACCAAUAAAUAUUACUAUUGACCCCACCACUGCAGCAGCAAUUUACCAUAACUGAAUGCCAUUAAAAUUAAAUUUUUUCAUCAUCUUUAGUAGCAGUCACUAGAUCGGCUUAAGUUCGGUCUUAAAUAUAGUAACUCCUCAAAAUUUCAUUUUAUACACAAUAAAUUUGAGAAUUUUUCAAUCAGGUAGGUAUUUAGUAAUAGGUAUUGCACACUAUUUGUAUUUUACACCGGUCUUCAAUUUUUCUCUGGUAACACAUACAAACAUUUGCAUUACUAGGAGAUUGCAAGCUCAAUGUUGGUUAAAAAUCAACAGUUUUUUCCUAGUAAGUUUAACCUACCCGAUAUAGUCAUAAAGUCAUGCUUCAUGAUUGCUUAUUGAUAAGUCCAAAACAGUAGUUUGUUAUCAGGUCGUCCUUUUCAAAUUUAAUAUAAGCAUUGCAUUCUCUUGAACUUGUUUUUCCGUUUAGAAAUCUGUUAUCAGCACAGGAAGUAAUUUAUGGUGGAUUCAAUAACUAUUAGAAAUUUUAAAACCCGCUGAUACUUCAUGAAUAAUGAUCAGACAUUUGAUAUAUCUUCUUCACACAAAUAUAAAGGGUGCCUAUUCAGGAUAAACGAAUUUCAAGUCAAAUCACACAAGCAUAUGGAUAUUGUGGAUAUUACACCAGAGGUGUUGAAGGAUGCAAACAGAAAUGGCGACCUGUCUUGAGAGUGUAAAUGAAAUGAA